UACUUAGGGAAUUUCCCUGGUGAUAUUUUGAUAGAGUUGAUUAACUUCAAUUCCACGUGGUUGUUUUUGUUAGUUUUCUAAUAAAAAGAAAAUACAUUAAUGUACCAUGGCUGGGGCAAAGAAGUCCACCUCAAAGAAGGACUUAAAAACCAAGCUAUCGAAUAAAAUUAGAAAAACCACGAAGAAAAUGAAAGAUUCAAAACUUUGCAAGAGCAUGAAGUCAAAAAGAAUGAAGUUAAAGGAGGAAAUCUCAACAGAAAAUAAGGAGACGAAAGAAGAAAUUACAUUUUGCAGCAGUUCUUGUGAUAAUUCUCAAUCUCAAGAAGAUGAACUAAUGCCGUCCCCUUACAAGAAAUAUAAACUGGAGCAAAUGAGUCGAAUGUUGGAGUCGGUCAAUAUUUGUCCUCUACUUCCGGACGACUGUGAAUUAUUCCCUAUAAAGAAAAAUAAUGAAUCGGCCUUGCUUGCCAUGAAAAGCACUUCAAGUGGCGUCAAACUUCAUGGUUGUGCAAAAGUGUCUGUAAUUUGUGGCUUGUGCGUAAUUAACGGGUUCACUCUUAGUGUUGAGAACUCCCCACAAGUGAUAAUGGCCCCUCUUACACAUGUAGCAACAACUGUGCGUCCUAUCGCUGUUGAAACAAAGCAAUGCAGAAAGGAUAUUUAUAAAAAGUACAAAACAGCAGUUUCGAAUAUUAAAGACACCUUAGACAAAUAUGAAGUUAUUCUGUUGUUCCAAUCAACCUCAAUCCAAACACUCAGCUAUCCUGGCUAUCCAGAUAUUUUUACUCCAUCAAUAACUGAAGUGAAGGACUUUAGGGUGUUAUGCAAACAAUGUUUCUUAUGUUCAACAUCCAGAUAUUUCAUUGAACACAAUUCUUAUACGGAAGCUGUUAAUUCACUACGAAGUCAUGACAACAAUACCCAAUCAUAUCCUGUAAUUGUAACUGCUGGUGGUAAAAAUGUUGGAAAAUCAACAUUUAACAGAUAUCUUGUUAAUCGUCUACUAAGCGACCACAAACAUGUUUAUUACUUGGAUUGUGACAUCGGACAAAGUGAAUUCACACCAUCUGGUUUCAUAUCCGUUACACGCAUUGAACAAAACCAACCUUUACUUAGCCCUACUUUCACAAAUGAAGUCAAACCAAUGCUGAUGUGUUAUUACGGUCACAACACACCUUCUGGAGAUCCUGACUUCUACUCAUCAUGUGUGCAGUUUGUGCUGCAAUCAUUAUUUGAAGUAUUGAAUGGAAAUCUUGACGGGCCGCUUGUGGUGAAUACUAUGGGUUGGAUACGAGCUCUCGGACUUCAACUUUUAAUUGACACGAUAAGAAUGGUGAACCCAACACACAUCAUGCAGUUUCAAACUGCCAAAGACUCUCGGAACCUUGCUCCAAUGACGAAAGAGUUUGUAUCUUCUAUGACUGGGUGGCUGACUCCACAAAGCCACGCUUGUCAUGAGUUGGUUACCAUAGCAACAUCAAUCACGCCACUCGAAAUAAUAAAGUACAUGGCACCAGACUACCGCAACCUGGCUAUGUUGUCCAAGUUAUCACAAAUCGCGGAUGCUUGUGUUAAUAGAGACUCUUCAAUAAAUCAGAAAUUGACCAGGCAAACUCUUCUUGGGAAACUACAAAGUGCUCAACCUUUCAAAAUCUCAUUGAAACAUUUACAAGUGUAUAAUGCUACAGAUAGUCAAGUUAAAUACAAACAUGUCUUGGCUGCUUUGAAUGCUUCUGUAGUGGCAUUAUGUAUAUCCCCUGAAAGUAAACAGGAUCUAAUGAAGAUUGGUAAUGAAGAUUUCAUCCCACCUGCUCAACCAUGUACUUGUAUUGGUUUGGGGUUGGUAAGAGGUGUGGAGCCAGAUAAUGGGUUCAUUUACAUUGUUUCCGACCUCAAUCUACAACAACUGCAGGAAGUGAAUUGUAUAAUACGUGGAAAUUCAUCAAUACCAGAACCUUUACUGCUGGAACAAGAGAAGGAGGCCACUAAAGAUUCACCAUAUGUGACGAACAACUUCCCAUAUGAAACGGUUGGUUCAGGAAUGUUCAGAGUACACAGGAAGUUUUCUAAGUUAACAAAUGAUGGGAAAUAAGUUGGUUUAAUUUCAGAUAUUAUUUUAAAGGUUUUCAUGUGUCAGUACGUAAAAAAUGAAAUACAAUCAAAAUGCAUUGUCAA